AACGGUGGGUUGAAAUUGCAGUUUCUCGCAAUGUACGUGACCUGGAUAUUGAUUAUUAUUUAGGUGAUGGUAACAUAUUCCCGAGCAGCUUUUACACCUGCAACUCGCUUGUGAUCUUGAAACUCAGAGGCAUGGCUCUCAUAGAUGUUCCCUCUCUGAAAACUUUGGAUCUUCAAUAUCUUACGUACCAACAUGAUGACUCUCUUCAAGGGCUUCUUGAUAUAUGUCCUGUUCUUGAAGACCUGUCGGUGAAUUUUUGUGAGGAACAACACAAUAUUCCUUCUUUGAAGUAUUUCAAACUGGUGGACUGGAACUAUUGGAGACAUGAUGACAUUGAGAUUAAAGAUAUGCCUAAGCUAGAGGAAAGCAUAUGUGAGUGUUGUAUCCUCUGUUCUCAAGAGUGUCAUUGGAUCCAUCACAUCUGUCAAGCAUCUUACUAUAUGCUCAGAGAUCCCAAAAAGUGGUCGGUGUUCGAUCUUGUGUAUAGUGGUGGUUUUGUUUUCAAUCAGCUUAAACAUCUGAAGCAAUGUGUGUGCAAAAAGAAUUCGUCGCAUCUUCUCGACCAGUUGCUCAAAGAUUCUCCUAACUUACGAGUACUAGACAUCUCUCACAUGGAAAGACACGGGUAUGAUGGGCUUAAUGAAAUGGUUUGCUGGAACCAACCGAGCCCUGUACCUGAAUGUCUGUUGUCGAGUCUACAAAUUUUGAACUGGUCAAGAUACUUUGGGAGACCCCAAGACAGAGAUAUUGCGGUUUACAUCUUGAAACACGCUCGCCGCUUAAACAAGGCCAAAAUCAUUGCUGAUACAAUGGAACAUAAUGUUCAGAACCUUGAGAUGAUCACGGAGUUGGCAUUUUCUUCCCGAGCUUCAAGCAGAUGCGAACUUGUAUUUGUUAAACAAGGCAAAGAAGAUCUUAUGUGGUAACUACUUGAAGCUACGGAGUACGGACAAUGGAUGUGUUUAGUGAACCUCUAGAAAUGUACGACUCUGCUAUGUUGUUAGUUUGCUUGUAUGGUUGGUCUUCCAUCUACUGACAAAUGUUUUGUAUGGGUGAAUGUUUUGUAUGGGUAAAAUAGCUUUCAUACUCAAUUUUUUAAUUAACCAUAGUAUCCGGCGACCGAGAUUAAAAGAUUAUUCUAUA